CGCGCACUUUUGGCCAUCAUGGACAUGGACGCGGAACUUGCCAAACUUCUUCAUGAGCAGGAGCAGUUCAUGCAAAGUGGAAAGGCUUCUUCCGUGAAGCUGCAAUCGACAAAGCCAAAGCACAUCCCAACUCAAGCGCCACCAACGCCGUCUCCCCUUCCUCCGUCGGUAGUCCGCGCACAAGUGGUGGAACGCUUAACGCCUGUGAAAACGAUGCCAAUGUCAACAAUUCCACCCACAGACGGCGGAUUUCCCUCGACCAAGAAGACUAGUCUUUUUGGCCGUCGUCGAAACCAACAAGCUACGACAGAUUCGGUGGCCACUCUGCCCACCAUUGCACGAAAACUACAAUCUACCUCGUCCAGUGCCAUUCCCAAUGACAUCCAGUACGACAAUGACGCGGCGAUUGCAAAGAUGUCGCUUGAAGAUAUUCGUAAAGCGCAAGCUGAUCUUCAUGCCUCGUUGCCUCCUGAAAUACUCGAUAUGUUUAUGAAACGCAAGAAGAACUCUACCGACCCGGCAGCAACAGGUUCCAUUGCCCCACCCAGUCACGACUCUUCCUCGCCUGUCCAGCCUUCGCUUCAAAAUCCACCACCAGCCUCCACCUCAACAGUCACUCCAAGCACUGACGAAUCUCUUCGCCGUGCCGUGAGCGAACUGCCAAAGGAACAACGGUUGAAACAUGAGUGGAUGGCGUCGCUUCCAGAAGUUCAUCUUCAGCCAGAAGGAGAACACGUCGCUGAGUCGCAACCCCGUGUGGAUCUUGAGGGAAAACUCAUCGUUGCGACAGCAGACACGGUGCCGCUGCAUACAGGGCUCUUUCACCACGGCUUGAACCCAGACCUAGCUGGGUACACGACGGAAGAGCUGCUAAUCUUAGCCCGAAGUACCGUGGGUUCACAGCGUGCGAUGGCAUUGAGUGUGCUGGCAAAAGCGAUCGCGGCGGGGGUAUGAAUGUCGACCAUCAGCCACGUAGGCAUGAGAGAAACUCAACUAAGUGGUCUCCGGCCGGUGUAGACAACCGCUGCAACGACUGCAAUGGCACUUGUUGCUCGUUCAGCCCUCGAGGAAUCCAAUUCUUCGGUCCUUGUGGCUGCGAUUGAUGUGCUGCAUGCAUGCUUGAUUCAAUUUGACUUGAUGACGGACGUCGAUCAAGUUGAAUGGACUCCUCGCGACGCACAAGGACAUGCCAGAGUUGUUGCGUACAUUGAUGAAGACGAGGUCUCGGACGUCAAGGAUAUUGCCGACCCGAUUCAAGCACUUCUUUUUACUCAACUCCCGCCCCGUUUGUUGCAACUCAUCGACGCGCAACAAGCCCCGCUGGUUUCAAGCCACGCACAGCUCCAGUUGCUCGAAAUUUGUGUCGUCAUUGCAAUGCAUUCCCCACGGGCAGCUGCACAGUUUCUUGAAGGGACGGCCGUUUUUUCAUUGCUGAAUUCUUUGCUGUCCGUGGCGACUGUGGACACCUUGCUCAAAUCAAUUGAGAUGACUGCCGCAACGUUGCUGUGGAUAUUACGCUUGUGCCAAGCUGAUAAAAUCCACGCGCAGCAGCUCUUGGACCAUCAAGUUCUCGCGUCGACCAAGGUGUUCUUGGCAAUGCGGUUUCCACCGGCCCUUCUUCCAUUGCAAACGCUGACGAUGCGAAUUUGGAGAGUUUGUUUAUCUUACCGACUGGAUCAGCCCAGCAUAGCGUACCUCUUUCCUCUGCUCUGUGGGUAUGACGCCAAAGCUCUGACGCAAUCGGUGGACUCGAUUUCCCUCGAACCAUGGCCCCGAGUCAUGCAAGAAUGCAUCUUGGACGCGCUCGUCUUUUUGAUUGAUGAAGCCUCCACCGUUGCGUUUUUGCCGUUUUUCAUCCAGCAAGCGAGCGAACUGGGGACACAAAGUGCAUCAGCUGUGCGGUUUCUUGCAGCCACAUAUCCCCUGCUUUUUACCUACCCAUCGUUGGAACCUGCUCCGUUUGUGUCGGUGUGGCCCACGCUUCGUACGCUCUCAACAAACCUUUCGCCUCAAGUUGUCGAGGCAAUUGUGGCGUUGCAUCAAAUUGUUGCAGCCAAUCCACAUUCUUUGGUGCAAGUUGAUCUGGAGGAGACUGUUGCGUUUAUUCAGUCUUACGUACCGUCACUGACUACAACACCCAAACCUCAAUUGGCCGUCGCGGCAGCGCUCUUGGAGUUUGUCAUUUCCUGGAAAGGAGUCAACGACAGCAUGCGAGACUGGGUUCGAGCCACAGCAUAUCCUUUACUCCAAUGUAUACAGCCAGGCCAACAUAAACUUGUGCGGCAGCUACUUCGAUGUGUGCUGGAACAGCCUCCGCUCGUCGCCAUCUACGAGGCGCUGUUGUGUCCCCCAGCAAUUUCCAAGAACAUCACAUGUCACACGCUUCAACCUCUUGAAUCGACUUCGAAGUCUGCGAAUCCAACAGUUAGUACACUGCCACCCCCACCUGGAUGGGUGUUUGCCCUGGCUUCCCGACUGCAUUCGAUGGACUCACAAGAAGAGUCGAUCAUGCUGACACAUCUCGUGAAAUUCCUCACGGUUGUCGAAACGAGACAGCCCGAGCUAUUCGCCGCCAUCUCCCCCACGGACAAAGUGCUCCAUUUGGCGCAUGUAUAUUUAUGGGAAGCUGAAGCAUGGCGCGACUGCAGCGCUGGUUUGCAUGCGCUGAUACACCGGUACAUUCGCCAGCGCCACGAUCAAGACAAACCUGAUUCCCUCAUGGACGCCACUGAACGCAUCGUGUCAGUGCAGCACCAAUCGGUCUCGAACUUGCUCUCGACUCUCGUGCAAGUGUUUUGCAACGUCUCGUUUGGCGACAAAGGACUCGCGUGGAUUUUGACCAUGUACUUGCAACCGAACCGAGUGCCAAUCGCGACCCAAUUCGCCGUGUGGAACGAAGUCGCGCAACUCCAGUGCCUCCAUUUGCUCGAGACGAUCACCGACCUUGAAAGUGUCUACGUCGUGGAUGAUGCCAUCUUGGAUGCGUACCUGCAAAGUGUCGUCCAGCAGCAUCUCACGGCCGAGAAAGGAAUGGCGAUGUAUCGCAUGGUGGUUCACCACAUUGCCCAUUUUUGCUUUACAGGUGCCGUGACGUCCUUGCGCAAGCAAUCGAUGCUCCUUGAGGUAUUCCAGUCCAAGUUGCGCAGACUUAUCCAUGACAUGGUGUCAAACCCCACCAACGAAACCACUCGCGCAAUGCUGACCCAUGCCAAGGACCUUGGUCCGUUUGCCCCGUACAGCGAUGUUAUUCAAGAGUGCUUGAACAACAUCGGUGAAUAACUCUAUCGUGAGCGUGUUGCCACUUCGGUCAAGCUGGUGGCUUCAUGGAUGGGCCUCUGCAGCGCAUUCCAAACAACUUAAUGCACUUAAAUGUUGUGUACUUGGCGCACGAGCACCGUGCUAUU